CUCGACGGUUGGAUAGCCGCGAGUCUUUCCGCCCCUUGGCCAAUUCCAAUCACCGACAGACCCGACGACUGCCAUGGGGUCGACUAAAGAGCCGUACACGAGUCCGUACGCACCCCUGGUACUCACUGCCAACGAGCGAAAUCGACUGCGCCAGCUCGCCAAAAGCCUAAUUGAGGUGAACAUCGACAGCUAUGAAGAGUUUUUGUAUCUGAACGAGGGACACCUUCCAGAGCACGAAUGGAAGUUUUUCCGGCGCGACGAGCAGGUCGAGACGUACGUACGUCGCCGCGACAAAUACAAUUUGAACGGCUUCGGUGCGCCGCACAAGUUGCAUGUCUCUUCGGUCACUCGGACCGCCACAAGUCUCAGUAGCACUCGUGGCGAGGAGUUCUCAUCACUCAACGUGGCUGAUAUCCGCUCCAUUGGCCAGCGGGGCGGCACGAUCGAGGAAGCCGUGCACGGCGCCAUGUGUCCCACCACCGACAUGAUGCGCUACACCUCGGAGUACCUGCAAGACGGCAUGAAGGACGGUUGCGUGCUGGCAAUCAUCGACAACGUGACGCAAGAGGACCAGUUCACGUCGCUAAGUGUUCGGUGGGGAGUCACCGAGAACUCGCCCAUUGUCCGCAAGGUCAUCAAGAGCUAUGACCACGUGUAUCUGGACGCGACGGGCUUCACGCAACUCGUCAACGGUGAGCGUGUGGGGUACCACUUAGUGCACUCGGUCGACUUCAAGGGCACGACGCCGCCUUUACCGCAGUAUUUCCGUGGCCAGGUUGCAGCGAUCGGGUUCUGGAGACAAAUGGGGCCUGACGUCGUGCAAAUCCACGGUCACGGCGUGUAUGCGUUGCCGUUUGAGCGUGCUCGUAAUCUCUUCAUCCCUGCCAUUGCGACGUCCUUGUCCAAGUCGAUGAUCCACGUCUUCUAUGCGUCCCAGAUGAAGAAACUACGCUGCGCUAUUCGGGAGCAACGGAUGCAAAUGCUGUUCCGACCGCAAUGGAGCGCGAAUCAUCCGUGUAGUGUCUGCAAGAAGAAGCGGACACUCAACAAAGGAUCAAGCUGUGAGCUGUGCGGUGAGCACGUGUGCAAGAUCUGUCGGAUCACACACAAGCUGCCAACUGUGGAGCUCGACAACAAAAUGCACCACUCCAAGAUGAGUCUGUGUCCAUUUUGCAUGCUAGACGUGACCAACAGGACCGCAGCAGCAACCGUGCGCGCAGAGGUCGGAGCCGGGCAAUACGGCACCUUGCAAUAGUCGACGUUAGUGCUACCCACCUCUCGAAAAAAUACCUGUCCGAUCGAAGGACAGACGCC